AUGAAAGCAGCAUGUAUCGUACUAUCCACCACCAUAUUCCUAGCAAUUAUGGCUGUCUGCGUCAUGGUGAAGUUUGCCACAGACAUCACAGUAGAAGAGAGGAAAAGAGAGUAUGGGUUACAAGGUGGAGCUGUGUAUCAGUUUACUAAAUCAAUGGGAGUGAUAAGUCUACAUGAUAACACGUCAUUUUCGAUUGCUGAAAGGUUUCCAUAUGUGGCUGCCGUGACGAGAAACUCCUCAACGCUUUGGUCGUUUACGUGUUUUGCUAGUGUGGUUUUGAUUAAGUGGGUGGUGACUUCAGCACAUUGCAGACGUCCAGGAGCAACUCACCGAAUACUUCUCUUCCAAGACUUCGCCAGAAACUACACCCACACAUACCCUGUAUUAUUCUGGCGGCUACACGAACAAUUCAACAUUAGCAACCCCACACCGAAGUACGACAUUGCAGUGGCAAAAUUGAACGUGGACAUAUACCCUUUCACAAUUAAACCGUCAAUUUUUGACGAGAAAGAAGUAAAAUUUCUAGAAGCGGCUGUUUGGAAGACUGUGUCUACUAUGAACAAGAAAUUGUACCUGACGAACGACUUUGAAAAGUUCGAAGUGAAGUUAGCUCCUUUCGACAAAUGUUUCGAAGGUUAUGGAGUUGAGUUGGACGAGAGUCUGUUGUGUGUAGAUUUGUCUGAUCACGACGAUUGUUUUGUACAUGAGUUUGGACCGAUAUAUUCUAUGGAUAAAGUGGUUGGUAUACUCGCUGUGAAGCCGCGGGAUUGCGACAUGAAGUUGGCGAUAUUUACAAAUAUCUCGUAUUACACGAAUUGGAUUUUGAAAUCGACUCACACGACUUAUUAUGGUUGA